GUCUCGGUUGUGUCUUCUUCAGUGGCCAGUGUGGUUGGGCCAAGAGCAGAGGAGGCAGCGCCUGAGGACUUUUUGCAAAAUAGGAGGUCAUAGAUUUUGCACGUAUCUAUACAUAGAAGAAUCCGGCAGAGGGGGAAGACAAUCUGGUGGUCCAGGUGGAGGCUGUCUGGAAAGGAAAGGAGGAUGAGGGCAGAGCCAGAAUCAGUUGGUCGAGAAGCAAGAAAAGGCCCUGAUGCCACCAAGGCUGGUGGCAGAAGAGAACUGUGGGAAGGAACCAUGCGGAAGAGCCUGGGAGAGGAUUUCCCCCCUUCAGAGGUGCAGUGCCAGCAAUUCAGGCACUUCCUCUACCAGGAGGCCGAAGGGCCCCGAGAGGCUUGCAGCCGACUGCACCGUCUUUGCCACCUGUGGCUGAAGCCAGAGAGGCACACCAAGAAGGAGAUGCUGGACCUGGUGGUCUUGGAGCAAUUCCUGGCUGUCCUGCCCCCGGAGAUGGAGAGCUGGGUCAGGGAAUGUGGGCCAGAGACCAGUUCCCAGGCGGUGGCCCUGGCAGAAGGCUUCCUCCUGAGCCAAGCAGAUGCCAAGAAUCAGGAGCAGCAGAUGCAGGAAAAGAUCACACUGGAGCAUUACCAUGGAGCAGCUUUUCCAGGAGAGGCCUUGAAAGCAACGAUAUAUUCUUUGCCACCUCUUUGUGACAGAGAGAAAGCGGCUUCUAUGCAGCCUCAGUGGGAUCUAGUAACCUUCGAGGAGGUCUUUGUGCAUUUCACUGAGGAGGAGUGGGCUCUGUUGGAUCCGGACCAAAGAAGCCUUCACAGGGAAGUCAUGGAGGACAAUCGUCAGGCUGUGGCCUCUCUGGGAGGGCUUCUGAUUCCCAGACCUGACUGUAUUUCUAUGCUGCUUGGAAAUGGAAAUCUAUUUUUCCAGUAUCCAGAAGAAAAAGAGAGAUCAGCAGAAUCUUUUUCUCUGGGAAGCUCCAGACAUACCAUUGAAGGGAGUGGAAGGAGCAUUACAUCUGCCCCUGCUACGUUCCAAUGGAUGGAGCAUCAGUUCCGCCCCUGCUAUGAGACAGGGUGA